AUGGCGUCCCUGAGGGCCUUGUGGCUGGCCUGGGCGCUGCUCAGAGUGGUGGGAGCGUGCCCCGAGCCGUGCGCCUGCGUGGACAAGUAUGCGCAUCAGUUUGCCGACUGUGCCUACAAGGAGCUGCGCGAAGUGCCCGAGGGACUGCCAGCCAACGUGACCACGCUUAGUCUGUCUGCCAACAAGAUCACUGUGCUGCGGCGCGGGGCCUUCGCCAACGUCACCCAGGUCACAUCUCUGUGGCUGGCGCACAAUGAGGUGCGCACCGUGGAGCCGGGCGCACUCGCCGUGCUAAGCCAGCUCAAGAACCUCGACCUAAGCCACAAUCUCAUCUCCAGCUUCCCAUGGAGCGACCUGCGCAACCUGAGCGCUCUGCAGCUGCUCAAGAUGAAUCACAACCGCCUAGAGUCGCUGCCCGGUGACGCGCUCGGCGCGUUGCCGGACCUGCGCUCCCUGAGAAUCAACAACAACCGUCUGCGUACGCUGGCGCCCGGCACCUUCGAUGAGCUAAGCGCGCUGUCGCAUCUGCAACUCUAUCACAACCCUUUCCACUGCGGCUGUAGCCUCGUGUGGCUGCAGGCCUGGGCCGCGAGCACCAGGGUCUCGCUGCCGGAGCCAGAUUCCAUUGCUUGCGCCUCGCCUCCCUCGCUGCAGGGAGUGCCGGUGCACCGCUUGCCCAAGUUGCCCUGUGCACCGCCCAGCGUGCAUCUGAGCGCAGAGCCGGCGCCUGAAGCACCCGGCAGCCCUCUGCACGCUGGACUGGCUCUAAUGGUGCACUGCAUCGCCGAAGGCCACCCGGCGCCUCGCCUGCAGUGGCACCUUCAGAUCCCGGGAGGCACUGUAGUUUUAGAAUCGCCGACCCUGAGAGAGGAGGACAACGGAGACGGGGCAGAGGACGGAGAAGGGGAUGGGGACGAGCCGACGCUGAUCGAGGCCCCAACCCCGACUCCGGCACCCGCUUGGCCCGCACCCCCAGCUACCCCACGCUUCCUGGCCCUCUCAAACGGUUCCCUGUUGGUGCCCCUGCUGACUGCCAAGGAGGCAGGCGUCUACACCUGCCGCGCACAAAACGAGCUGGGCGCCAACUCGACGUCAAUACGCGUGGCUGUGGCAGCAACAGGGCCCCCGAAGCACGCACCCGGCGUCGGGGGAGAACCCGGUGGGCAGACCCCGGUCUCUGAGCGCAAGUUCACAGUCAAAAGUCGGGGCAAUAGCGUCCUGCCAUCUAAGCCUGAGAGCAAAAUCAAAGGCCAAGGCCUAGCGCGGGUCAGCGUCCUCGGGGAAGCAGAGACGGGGCUGGAGGAGGAGGCAGGUGAGGGAGAAGAAACAGAAGACCAGAUCCCAAUGGACCCCGCGGAGGAACAGCGCUGCGGCCACGGGGACCCCUCGCGGUACGUGUCUAACCACGCUUUCAACCAGAGCACGGACCUCAAACCCCACGUCUUUGAGCUGGGCGUCAUUGCUCUGGACGUGGCGGAGCGUGAGGCGCGGGUCCAGCUGACGCCGCUGGCAGCGCGCUGGAGCCCUGGGCCCAGUGGGGCCAGGGGAGCUGGGCGGCGGCCCCUACGCCUACUUUAUCUGUGCCCAGCGGGGGGCGGCGCAGCUGUGCAGUGGUCGCGGGUAGAGGAGGGAGUCAACGCCUACUGGUUCCGCGGCCUGCGUCCUGGCACCAACUACUCCGUGUGUCUGGCUCUGGCGGGCGAGGCGUGUCACGUGCAGGUGGUGUUCGCCACCAAGAAGGAGUUGCCCUCGCUGCUGGUCAUCGUGACGGUGAGUGUGUUUCUUCUGGUGCUGGCCACCGUGCCCUUGCUGGGCGCCGCCUGCUGCCAUCUGCUGGCCAAACACCCGGGCAAGCCCUACCGCCUUAUCCUGAGGCCCCAGGCCCCAGACCCCAUGGAGAAGCGCAUCGCCGCCGACUUUGACCCUCGUGCCUCCUACCUUGAGUCUGAGAAAAGCUACCCGGUCGGCGGAGAGGCAGGCGGCGAGGAGCCAGAGGAGGCCCCCGGAGAGGGCCUGGAUGAAGAAGUGGAGCAGGGGGGCCCUAGCGGCGACCUGCAGAGGGAGGAGAGCCUGGUGGCCUGCUCGCUGGUGGAGUCCCAGUCCAAGGCCAACCAAGAGGAGUUCGAGGCGGGCUCAGAGUACAGCGACCGGCUGCCCCUGGGCGCCGAGGCGGUCAAUAUUGCCCAGGAGAUUAAUGGCAACUACAGGCAGACGGCGGGCUGA